AUGGUUUCAGUUAAGUCACUCGUUGCCCUUGCGGCAUUUUCUAUAAUCCAGGUUCAAGGCAUUGAUCUUGAUGUCACCAGCACUGAUUCCAUCAAAUCAGCAGCGGGCACAAUCGCAAAAGACUUAGUCGGUCUUUACAACCAGUCUCAAACCCCAGGAAAUCCAAUUGGCGUUUUGAGCGCAUCUUAUUACUGGUGGGAAUCCGGUGCCAUGUUCGACACUUUGAUUCAAUACUGGCGUUUGACUGGCGAUUAUCAGUACAACAAACUUGUCACCCAAGGAUUGGCCUCUCAACGAGGUCCCAAUGACGAUUUCAUGCCGCCAAAUCAAACGGCUUCCAUGGGUAGUGACGAUCAAUCCAUUUGGGCUCUUGCAGCCAUGUCCGCAGUAGAGACACGACUAGUAGAAGAUCAGAAUGUUUCUUGGGUUGACCUUGCUCAGACAACUUUCGAUGAACAAGUACUUCGAUGGGAUGAGAAAACCUGCAAUGGAGGUCUUCGCUGGCAAAUCUUUACUUUCAAUGCCGGCUAUAGCUACAAGAACACAAUAACAAAUGGAAACUUUUUCCAGCUCGCAGCUCGUCUUGCUGUAUCCAAAAAUAACGACACUUAUUCGGACUGGGCAAGCAAAGCAUGGAAUUGGACUAAAGCGGUUGGUUUUAUUGAUGAGGACUUUAACGUCUUUGACGGUGCCGAUGUUUCGAAAAACUGUUCUGCGGUCAACAAAGUGCAAUUCUCAGAAAAUGCAGGUACAUUCAUUGCAGGCGCUGCAUAUAUGUACAAUUAUACCAACGGAGAUACCCAAUGGAAAACAGUUCUUGACGGUCUCUUAACCAGAACCAUCUCCGUAUUCUUCCCAUCCGGAAUCGCCACCGAAGCUGCCUGCGAAUCCAAAAAUUUAUGCAACACAGACCAACGAGCCUUCAAAGGUGUACUAGGCAAGUGGCUCGUCGACACCAUCGCCGUCGCUCCAUACACCAGCGAUCUCAUUACCAAGCAGCUGACUAGCUCCGCCCAGGCUGCUGUAAAGACUUGUGGAGAUAAUGGAUGUGGUUUAGAUUGGAGUGGUAAUGCCAAGAAUAGUUCUACCGGUGUGGGAGAGCAAAUUGAUGCCCUCAAUUAUGUACAAGGCUUGCUUCAUAGCCAGGCUUCAGCAUCUACCACUCAAAAUUCUUCCAGUGCGACGACAACUGGUUCUGGAGGUUCUACAAGCACAAGUGAAAGUGUCAGUGCGUCUGCUACUCAGAAUGCGGCGGUUGGAAUGCUAGUGGGACAAUCAGCCUUGAGUUUCUCGAUCUUGGGAGCAUUGACUUGGUUGGUGUUGUAG